CACCUAGCCAAAGCCUCAUCUCUGGGAACUUAAAUUUUGGCUGCAAAGUGAAUCCUCUUAGUUUUUGGUUCCCAUUUCCAAACACACAACCUGACUAUGGGCGCGUCCUGCAAAGCGCCACACAUUACUUAUCUUCCCUCUCCUCUCCUUCGACGAAACCCCAAAUUCAUGAUUCAGAAUUGCCAUAGUCCCAAUUCUAGACGCCAAUUCCCCAACAGACGUUUGCUUCUCUUCUCUCUUCCACUCUCUGGUUUCCUUCUACUUCCUCAUAAAUUUCAGUCUGGGCCUUCCUAUGCUGCCGAUCAAUAUGACCCUGUCACUCCGAUUGAACGGGAUGCGAGUGCUGUAAUCUCACAGAGAGUUUCAGAAGCUGUGGAGCUGUUGGAGAAGGGAAGGGAAUUGCAGGCUCAGGGUGACUUUAAUGGCGCUCUUUCCUACUUCUCUAAGGUUAUUGAAAACUACAAAGACUUUGCAUUGUCAGACUAUGCCAGGGUAGGAAGAGCACUUGUGCUGUAUGAGGUUGGUGACAGAGAAGAAGCAAUAGCAGAGAUGGAAGAUGUUUCAAUAUCUCUAAAAGGCUAUCCAGAAGUUCAUGCAGCUCUUGCUGCAGUCUUGUACACAGAUAAGCAUGCCCCUUUACUUGCUGAAAACCAGUUCACCAUUGCUACCCUGCUUGAUCCACAUUUUUCAGACCUCUCGUAUGUCAGAGACAAAAAGCACUGGCCACCAAGUUUGGUCAGUUCUCUGCAGCACUUCAUUACACUAUCCUAGGAUUCCCUAUUUUAUUUAUGAAAGAAUUCGAAAUAGAUUCUGUUCACAAAAAAUAGAUAGAUUAAAUCAACCAUGAGAUGAAAGGACACAGGUAGGUUAAUCGAUGACUAUUUUGUCUUUUAUGAACGGAGUCUAUAUAUACACAAAGACUUUGUUGGAUGUUUACGUGUUCAUCAACUCAUACUUAGCAGUGCCAGCUAAAUCAAGGCGUUUAUAGAAGCUACAGCCUGCAAGCCAACAUGUUCACAUGUAAAUCAACAAUUUUCCCCUGUUUACGUACUGACGUGUAAUUCAUUAACUUCCAUACAUAUUCUGCUGUAAGUUAAAUUAACCAAAGGAACAUAUUUGAAAGAAGUUUUUAUAUGUCGCCUUUUGUUUUUGGAA